CAUGCAGCGUUACUACAUGCGUUUCUCUUUGCUCUUCGUUCUAAUUUACCUGCCUUUCCUAUUUUCUUAUAAUGAAGAUAACAUAGAUAAAGAUGUUGGCCACGAGUGAACCCUGUAGACUGCCGGCAGGCACAUAUUUCUUUUUUAUGGAAUUCCAGGCUUCAGCAUGCAGAGCACCAAUAUACUCCAUAAUCGCCAGUAUACUAGUACAGUACUAAAAUAAUGUUUGCUAAUGUAAGUCACAUCGAGAAACACGAAAUUAUGUUUAUCAAUGUAGUUAGCAGUUUGAAUAGUAAUAUGCCACAAAUGAUUAAAAAAAAAAUAUGAUGAAAAGUGUAAUAAAGAAAUUAAAUUAAACUAAACUACAGUGAAAGAUAUUACUUUUUUCUUAUACACAAGAGACAACAAACAUCCUGAUGUUCUUCGAACGAAUGCAACUGACCUGAACACUACUAAUUUCGACGGUAACCGAUUAACUAAGAUUAUCAUCCAUGGUUACUUAGAUGACGUGAGAAAAUCAUCAGCUUUGAUGACGAUUCGCAAAGAGUUUCUAUUUCGUGGUGAUUAUAAUGUCAUAAUCGUUGAUUGGUUUAAAGUUUCCCUCAAUUUUUAUCAGGAAUUAGUUUACGAUCUCGAACUCGUAGGAAAAAAAGUUACAGAUCUCAUAAAAUAUCUUAAGGAAUAUGGUGGAGCUAAAUUUGAAGAUUUUCAUUUGAUUGGACACAGUUUAGGAGCUCAUGUUUCAGGAUAUGUUGGAAAUAACAUCUUCAAAUUAGGGAGGAUAACAGGUUUAGAUCCUGCAGGGCCAAAAUUUCAGAAUGUAUCAAGUUAUCGGCGUCUAGAUAGAUCCGAUGCAAAUUUCGUAGAUGUGAUCCACACUGACAUUGCCAAUGAUGCACUAGUUGGAUUUGGAACCGCUGAAGUAGUCGGCCAUGCAGAUUUUUAUCCUAAUGGUGGAAACAAUCAAGUUAACUGUGGAAUUCGCAAUAUGCUUAAACAAACUUCUAUUAGAAAUUUUCUUCAACAAAUGGUUUGCGAUCACCUUACUGCUUUGAUAUAUUUCAUACAAUCUAUCAGAAAAUGUUCUUUUGUGGGAAUAAAAUGUUCUGAUUGGAAAUCUUUUAAUAGUGGGCAUUGUGGUGAUUGCAGAGAUGACGGAAACUGUGCAUUAAUGGGCUAUGACUCAAACCCAAAACAAAUAGAUUUUGGUAGCGAAAAAAAUAUUUUCUACUUGAAAACUACGGAAUAUUCUCCAUAUUGCUCUUAUCAAUAUCAAAUUUCAUUGAUCUUCUCACAACCAAAAAAUUCUUCAAUUAAAGUAAGCGGAAUGUAUAUUCAUCUAAGUGGUAACGAAGGAGAAUUAUUCACAGCCUUGAUAACAGGAUUUGCCACUUUGAGAAGCGAUAUCGAACAAAAAUAUCUUGUAAUUUCUGAAAAUAAUUUGGGAGAUAUCGAAAAGUUAACUUUUCUUUGGGUAGAUGAUUCGUAUGGUUAUUUGAGAGAGAGAAGAAGAAGAAGAAGGAAAAGAAAAAGAUUGCAUUUGCAAGAAAUACAUGUUUCACCAUUACAAUUAAGCAAUAAUGAAAAGAAACGUUACUGUAGAAUUAACAAGAGAGGAAUUUCUUCUAAUAAAGAAGAAAUAUUUCAACCAUGUUGAAUAUUACAUAAUUUUACUCAAAGAGCAAACUUAAUAAAUUGUAAUAUUAAAUGUAUAUGAAAUUUUUUCAUUAUUU